AUGAGGCCAUCUGGGCUCGCGACGCCUCGAGAGCUGGUGAAUUUUUUGGACCAGUACGUUGUCGGACAAGAGACUGCGAAGAAGGUUCUCUCCGUGGCUGUGUUCAAUCACUACAACCGCGUACAUGCAAACAUGAGGGCAAUGUACUACGAUGAACCGCCUCAUCUCUCUGGAGGGAACUUGAGCAACAACUCAAAGUCUGGGUCAGGGUCCAACUCUCCAUCUCCAGAGCCAUCACAUAGAAUGACCAAUACGAUACCCAUGUUCGAGAAGAGCAAUGUUCUGGUGAUAGGGCCAACGGGAUCUGGAAAGACACUACUAGCGAAGACCCUCGCAAAUGUCCUGGAUGUCCCGUUCUCCGUCAGCGAUGCCACAUCCUUCACACAAGUAUACGUAGGAGACGACGUCGACACAUGUGUUCAGCGUCUGUUGCAAGCGGCGAAUUGGGAUCCAUACAAAGCAAACAUGGGCAUCAUCUACAUCGACGAGGUCGACAAAAUCGCACGGAAGUCUUCUGGUCCCGAGUCAAGUCGAGAUGUUGGCGGCGAAGGCGUUCAACAAGCCCUGUUGCGCAUGAUGGAAGGUUCCAUCGUCAACAUACCCGCCAAAGGGCCCUCGAUGCCUGCGCCAACAGGCGCACGGGCAAGUAGAGGACAGGCGAUGCCUGCCCCGGUUCAAUGGCCUGAUGCGUAUUCCGUGGACACGUCGAAUGUUCUUUUCAUCCUAAGUGGUGCUUUCGUUGGUCUGGAGAAUAUCAUACGCCAGCGAACAUCGAAGGGUUCCAUAGGUUUUACAGCUAAUUUAUCGAAUUCUGAAAGGCGACCACCUUCUACUAGCAUGCCGUUCUUCACUCCAAACAGCGGCUCAAGUGACAAUGCCCAGGCCACGCGGGAUCUUCUCAACGACGUGGAGCCAGCAGAUUUGGUCAAAUUUGGCUUCAUCCCCGAGUUCAUCUCCCGCAUGCCCUCAAUCACGACACUCUCACCGCUUUCACCCAUGGAUCUCCGCCGAGUGUUGACUGAGGUCAAAGGGUCGCUGGUCGCGCAGUAUACCGCUCUGUUCGGCUACUCGGGGAUUGAGAUACGGUUUACGUCUCCUGCGCUCGACCAGAUUUGCAAGAGGGCAGCCGCUCGCGGGGGAGGUGCGAGAGGUUUGAGGGGAAUCAUGGAGACCAUCCUAUUGGAGCCGAUGUAUGAAGCUCCGGGCUCGUGGAUAAAGUAUGUCCUCAUCGACGAAGCUGCCGUUUCUGCCCAGGGCAUCCCGCGUUAUUGGGGUUCAGGGAAAACCGAGGCGGCCAAAUUCUGGAGCGCGUGGGCCGAGGAGGAAGAAGACUACGUCUCCACUCUUUCUUGA